UUCCGAUGAAGAUAAGAGAAGUGAUCAUAGAUGGGUUUAAAUCUUACCCAAAAGAGACCAUACUUACCGGUUUUGACCCACAUUUUAACGCAAUCACAGGUCUAAAUGGGUCAGGAAAGUCGAAUAUCCUUGAUGCUAUUUGUUUCGUGCUAGGUAUUACUCAUGUAACACAUCUCAGAGCUAGUAAGCUGCAGGAGUUGGUGUAUAAACAAGGCCAUAGUGGAGUAACUACAGCAGAAGUCUCCAUCAUUUUUGAUAACAAUGACAAGGAUAAGUCUCCUCCUACUCUCAAACACCUCGACGCGGUGACUGUAAGGAGAGAAGUCAAGGAUGGUCAGUCAAAGUACUUCAUUAACGGUAAAUGUGAGACCCAGGAUAAAGUUAGAACUUUAUUUACCUCAAUCCAGUUGAACAUCAACAACCCUCAGUUCCUCGUUCUGCAGGGUAGAAUAUCCAAGAUCAUCCAGACGCAGCCAAAAGAGUUGCUCUCGCUACUAGUCGAAGCUGCUGGGUUAUCUCUUUUUGACAUCAAAAAGCAAAAUGCCCUCAAGAUGAUCAAAAGGAAGCAGGCAAAAGUAGAUGAGACAGAGUCCUUGCUUGAGAAAGAUAUUGGGCCCAAAUUUGACAGGCUCCAGAAGGAACAGAAAGAUUUCAUUCGUUAUAAAGAAGUUGAAGGAUGCAUUAAAAAGGUUGGAAAGGACAUUAAAAUCCAGGAAUACCUACUCAGCCGGGACAGAAAAUCCAAGCUCUCCCUCUUAGUGGAUAAAGAAGUUGUCCGGGUGGACAUCCUGAAGGAGAAGAUCAAAGAGUCAAAGGAGAAGUUCAACGCUGAGCUUACCAAGCUAAAGAGCAUCAAGAAGACAGAGCUGGCACAGCUCAAAUCUGAUAGUGACAGUGUCGUGCACAAGGCACAAGCCAUUGAGAAGAAAAUGGUUGAGAUAAAGUCCUUGAUCAACAGGAAGGAGAAAAUGGUUAAGGAAAAUGUCAAAUCUCAGAAGAAACUCUCCAAAUUUAUCGAGACAUGUGACCAGAACAUCUUCAAGGCUAAGUCUGAGAGGAAGGAAUACAAGGAUCUUAAGAAGUUAGUCAAGAAGGAUUAUCAAUCUAAGAAAGAAUUGAUGAAGAAAGCUCAGGAUAACUUACAGAAAAUCGAGGAGGGCAAAGCUGUCAGUAUCAUUGACCUCCUUCACAAUCAGCUCAAGGAGAUGGAGAAGAAGGAUGGAGUCAUUGACAGUGAGAUUUGCAAGAUCAAGACUUCCAUCAAGUUUUAUGACAAGGAAAUUGAGGAGUCCAAGAAAAAGAUCGACAAUUUUGACCAAAUGAGAGAGAAAGUUACGUCCAAAAUUGCCCAGAUUAGUAAUAAGUGAGAGGACAAGCGCAAGAUCAUAGACGAUCUCCCUGACAAGAAGCGAAGGGAAAAAGACCUCAGAGAGGACAUCCAGGAGUUGGAGAGGUCUCAUAAGAGACUUCAAAGGGAGAUUGAAGAGCUUUCUGUCCAAACGACGCUCAGGGCUACCAAGAGAUUACUCAAUAUCUCUGGAGUUAUAGGAUACGUCAUGGAUAGCUUCUCUAUAAAGGAAGAUAAGUACCUAUUAGCUCUUGAAACUAUUGCUGGUGGGCGGCUUUCUAACAUCGUGACGAAGAAUGUCCAGUCUGCCGAAACAGUCAUUAAUGAAGCAAAGAAGUCAACUGCAAGAGUGUUUGUCUACCCAAAUGACAAAAUGCGAUCGAACCCUCUGUCAAGAGAUGUAAAGACGAAGCUCUCUGAUAAUUAUGGAAAUGAUGCCAUUGUGGCUACAGAUACGAUCGAUUUCAACUUUGGAAAGGUUGGAAAUAGCAUGCUGCUUCUCUUCGGCAGUACAGUUAUAUGCAAGAACAGUAAGAUCGCCAAGGAAAUCGCUUUCUCAUCUGAAUACGGUUACAACUCAGUGACACUUGAAGGUGACCAAUUUGAGCCAAGUGGCAUGCUUAGAGGUGGGUACACUAAGAAGAAGUUAUCCCUACUACAGAGAGUCCAGGAUAUCAAAAAGAGGAGAUGUGAUGAAAAGACCCUUCUUGACAGCAUUCAAAAGAAAAAGGAUGAACUCCAGGUCUGUGUUAACGAAAAUAACGUCAGGAGAGAGCAUGAGAGAGAGCUUGAGAUCCUACUGCACGAGAAGUCCGUCUUGAAAGAUCAGAUCUCAGGCGAGGACACCAAGCGGAGGUUGACUAAAGAGUACAAGGAGCAUGUCGAUACUAAGACUAUUAGUGAGAAGAAGAUCGAGAACUUGCAGAAGAUGAAGGAGACCAACUCCAAAGAUAUCGAGUCUAUUCAGGCCGAAAUCGAUGCGAUUAAGGGAACUGAGAACACCAAAGAGGCCUUUGAGCACCAAAUCCUGAAACUUCGUGAGGAAAUUGAAAAGAUAAAGGUCCUGAAGAAGGCCCAUCAGAAGGAAAUCGACAUGACCGAUUUCAAGGAAGAAGCCAAUACCAAACAGAAGCGAGAGACUGAACGAGACUUUGAAAAGGAGAAAAAGGAGCAUGACAGACUUAUGCAAGAAAAAGCUGACCUUGAGAAUGAGAAGAAGGAAUUAGAGAAGGAGAAAGACCUCUUCAGGGACAAAAUCAACCGGAUUAAUGAGAGUCAGAAGCGGCUUAAUAAAGAUAUCAAUACUAGUUCGAACAACCAGAAGGAGGAGAGCCAGAAGAUCAAUAAGUACAUGAUCGAGCUUACUGAUAGAGAGGCUAAUAUUAAGAAGGCAAAACAAGAACUUGACUCUGUGGACUACACUCUUUCUUCCCUGCUUAAAGAGGCUCCUUGGCUCAACGAAGAAUGUGAGACUACCUCUCACAGAAGGAUUGGAGAAACCUCUAUUCAAAAGAUGAAGGUUGAUUAUAAGAAGAUGAAGGAGGAAAUUGAUCACCUAAGGAAAAGAGUCAACCCUGAUGUUAACGAACUUGUCAAUGAGACCGAAGUUGAGAUGGAAAGACUCACGACUCGGAGAGAUAUCAUCAUGCACGAUAAACAAAUGAUUGAGAAAGUGAUUCAAGAUCUUGAGGUGGAAAAGAAGAAAGCAAUUGAGAAAGCUUAUGAAAUAACCAAUGGAUAUAUCCAAUCUAUAUACUCUACAGUGCUACCUGAAGCAAAAGCAAGGAUUGACAUGGUUAACCAAUUCAGUCUUGAGGAAGGAAUUGAACUAAAAGUUCAAUUCUCUUCAGGCGAUGACGUGAGCUUAACCGGGCUCAGUGGAGGCCAGAGGUCCCUCCUUGCUCUAUCAUUCAUCCUGUCCCUUCUCAAGCUGAAGCCUGCUCCAUUCUAUAUCUUGGAUGAGAUAGAUGCAGCCUUAGACACAAGUCACACUAACAACAUUGGAAAGAUGAUUAAGAAUCAUUUUGGAGAGAGUCAGUUCAUCAUAAUCUCAUUGAAACAGGAGAUGUUCAAUCAAGCAAAUGUGAGAUACCAUGUUUCGUUCAAGGAGGGUAUUUCCCAGGUCGAAAGGAUCAAGCAAAAGAAGACAAUAUAAC